AUGCUUUCAAGGCCGAUACGCAGAUUGAACAUUCGUCAAAACAUACCGUCAAUAAAGACAAGAACAUACAGCUCCCUCAACUCCCCAGCCGCCCAGAACUUCACCGUCAACGGCGACAGACUAUGGAACGACAUCUACCACGCAGCGCAAUACUCCGCCCCGAACCCCACAACCACCGCAGGAGGCCUCUCCCGCCUCAGCGGCACGCUCUACGACAAACAAGCCCGCGACUGGUUCGCCUCCCAAGUGCACUCCCUCGGCGCCAAAACCUACACAAUCAACAGCACAGGAUCACAAUUCGCCACUUUCGACUUCAGCGCUGCCAUGCCCGACGUGCCGCCCAUAGCCAUGGGCUCGCAUCUCGAUAGCGUGGCGACAGGGGGGCGGUUCGAUGGGCCGUUGGGGGUGUUAGGGGCGUUGGAAGUGGUGCGGAGUUUGAAAGAACAGGAUGUGAGGACUUUUGCGCCGAUUGCGGUGAUUAAUUGGACGAAUGAGGAGGGGGCGAGGUUUUUUCCUCCUCUUGGGUCGUCGGUCGUGUACGCGGGUCAGAGCAGUGUUUCCGUUGCGCAUGAAAGUAAAGCGAACGAUGGGAGUGGUGGCACGCUUGGAGAGGCGUUGAAGGGGAUCGGGUAUGUGGGUGAUGGACCUAAUACGUUUCAGGAGUUUCCGCUCUCGGCGCAUUUCGAGAUCCACGUCGAGCAGGCGACGACUCUGGAGGAGGCGGGGAAGAGCGUCGGAUGGGUGACGGGGUGGCAGGGGAUUUCGGUGUUUGAGAUGGUAUUCAAGGGCGAGGACGGACAUGCGAAUACGUAUCCGAUGGACUCGCCGCAUCGGAGGGAUAGUUUGCUCGGGGCGAGUAAAGUGAUCGUGGAGAUUGAGCGGUUGGCGCUGACGAAUAAUGGGUAUACGACUGUGACGGGGAUUCAGUCGGGGCCCGUGGGGAGCUGCAAUAUCCAGUCGUGGACGAAGAUCGUGUUUUGCUUGAUGCAUCAUGAGAGUCAGAAGUUGUUCGCUAUGGGCGAGGAGAUUAAAGCGCGGGCGCAGGCGCAGGCGAAAUUGGGUGGGUUGGAGAUGGAGGUCGACAGGGUGAUGCAUCUCGAGCCCGGGGAGUUUUGGCCUGAGGCGGUGGAUUGUGUGAAGAGGGCCUGUGGGAAUAGAGGGAUGGGGGCGAAGACGUUGACGGCGCAUGAUAGCACCAUGACGACGUUGGUGUGUCCUACGGCGAUGGUGUUUGCGAGGGGGAGGGAGGGGAUUUCGCACUGUGCCCAGGAGUGGACGAGUAAGGAGGAUUGUGCGGAGAGUGCGGCGGUGCUGGGGAAGGCUGUGCUGAACUAUGAUGAGGUGUUGAGGAAGAAGUAUGAAGGCUAG